AUGGCGGUUGUAGACGCCCUACUGCCGCCCCAAAAGAGGACCGAACUUUUUGAUAAGAUCAAGUCGUUCACUGCCGAGAAUCCCAAGAUUGCGGUAUUCCUACUCGCGAACGUUGCUUUAAGCGGACCGCCUCUCUUCCUCUUCGCCGUCUUCACCCUCUCCGUCUUCGUAUUUACCCUCAUAUUCGCCUUACUCGUAGCCGUUCUCGUCGCCCUUCUCUUCACGGCGUUCAUGCUCGUAGUUGCCUUGGUAUUUAUCCUACCGACUGUGUUCAUCACGACAAUGGGAGCUUCUUUCCUGUUCCUAUGGGGCUUGGGCGGCUACUAUAUCUUCAAGUGGUUCAACGAGGGGGCAUCGCCAGCGCCAUUAGGAGCGGCGCUCGGCGACAAGCUCAACACGCUGAUGGGAGGGCGGCUGGAUUUCCUCAUGAAAAAUGCCCGCGCCGCAUCGAAGCCGAAUGGGAAGACUGAGAACGGAUCUGCGGACGAGAAAUCAGGGCUCCUGAGCGAUAAUUCGAACAAGGCAUCAAAUGGUGGUGUUACCGACGCAGCGGAUGUGAAAAAAGGACCCCCGAAACUCAACAAAACCGCAAACGUCGAUGGGGUGUCGAAGAAGACUGCCGGAGCUACCGAUACCGUGAAAGGGGUAACUGGUGGAGUGACGUCAGGGUGA